AUGUCGUCCGUCGACUACAGUAAGGUUCCGAUCAAGGAGAAGCCUUUAUUUCAGCCACCGCUACAGGAGAUCGCGGAUGUGCUCUCCGUGGGUCUGACCAGCACGUUCGAGACGGUCAGCGUGUCAGUAGCUGACACUCCAGACCUCACUCAGUCUCCCUACAACCUCAUUACACCAGGUCUGACGGGCAAUGCUAAGCUCGUGGAGAUCGGCGGUCCGCCGUACUUGUUGCCACUAGUGCAGCGAGACAAGGUGUAUGACCUGGCGGCACUCGCGCGCCACUUCAACAGCGACCCCGCGCUGCUGGCCGGCGCAGGCGCAGGGCCCUGGCCGCACAUCGGAGUCAACUGCGAGGGUAUAAUAAAUUUGAGCAUCCGCAACGGUUCAGUAGAGCAAGGCACUCGAAUAGUGUCUAUAGAACCAGUGGGGGCGGCCAAGGGCAAAGGCGGCUACUUACAGCGGCGGCUACCUAACACGGAGACCAGGACAGCGCUGCUGGGGAACUAUUUAUUCAGUGAAGGAAAGCCAGGCAAGGUAAUAAAAGUAGUCGCAAAGAAACGUAUCGGGCCAUCAAACUUCAUUACUGCCAUCAGGGAGACGCUCAAAAACCACUAUGGUGAUGACAAAAUUGUCGGUCUGGGUGGCAUGUUCAUGCUUCGCUCCGGCAAGGUGAAGUUCCACGUGAUGCCGGACUUCUCCGGCACUGCGCUGUGCACGGACGCUGACGUCGACAACUGGCUGCACUUCUUCGAGAUGCGCGCGCCCAUCACACACGUCGGCACGCUUGUCACUGGAGAUCAUGGACUAGACCUCCGCGUGCAGCACUUCCACGGGUUCAGUGAGCACGGCGACGGUGGCCACUACCACUACGACACCACGCCCGACGACGUGCACUACGAGGGAUACUUCGCCCUCGCGUCAUCCAUCAUACGGGUAGACGCGCCCGAGGAGACUCACGCAGUGGGGCGAGACUAG